GUUUUAUUCAACGCAAACGUAUUAAAUGGAGACUGGUCUUAUGAUACUAUUGUCAUUAAAAAGAUUUUCUUAGCUAGUUUUUUCUAUUAUCAAUUCAAGCAAACUAAGAUCAACACAUUUUAAAGCAAAAAUACACUUAUAGCCGGUGGCCAAUCAUAACAAACAUAAUUUAAAAAAUCAGCAGUUGGCCAUAUAUACGCAAAACUGAUCAAAGUUUUUUGAAAAAUGUUGCUGAACAAAACUCUGUUGGGGGGCGUUGGACUGGCGCUUCUAGUGUGCAGCUUCUUCUUCUCCUGUUUCGCUCACUCCAACUACGGAUUCACCUACGAUUAUCUCGGAGAAACAAUUCAUGGUGGUAUCUGGACAAUUUGUUACGAAGGAAACUGCGACACUCAUGAAGAACUCGGAGGGACAACUGGCAAACUCCUAGGCGCGAGAACGUUUAUCGUCACGGACCAUCUUCUCUGUUUCCCCUUCGGAAUACUGCUGAUUCUGGUGCUUGUAUUAACGGAAAAAACAGGACUGAAUCUUGGAGCUGCUUUAUGCUCACUUGUCCACUUCUUUCUUCUGCUGCUGACCAGUUCAUUGAUGUCAAGUGAGUUUUCUGCCGAUGGUCUCGUAGUGGGUUGGGGCACGGGGCUGACUUGGUUCUCCUGGAUCAUUUCCCUCUUUCUUCUCAUCGAUCUUGGCUUUCUGGUUUUUCUUUCGUAUCGCAAGGACAACGAGACCCCACAACCACAAAUGAGUUAUAAUCCACAAGGACAGGGGCAGGUGAUGCAAAAUCAGCAGAUGAACUACGCCAUUCCACAACAGGGAAAACCGCCUCAAAAUGCGAUGUACCCCAAUUCACAAUACCCCCCACAGAGAAACCAGCCUCAAAAUGCGAUGUACCCCCCUCAGAAUUCGACAAUGGACCCUCCAACCCAAUAUCCGACAAAUCCCCCUCCCGCCGAAAUGAAACAAUGAACUCUACCCAAAAAAGACGGCAAUUAGACCCCGCCGCCUUCUAACAUAAUCCAAUGACUGUCUGACGAAUUGAAUACUCCUUCUUAUUUUCUUAUAAGCCCAAAACUAACUUCAUGAAAUUUGAGUAUCACUCUGAAAUAUCUUGUUUAUCUUGACUACUUACAACCUGAAAAAUUAUCUUGCACUUAUUAACGCUUUGUACAUUUGCUUAUUUGUAAAUAAAUGAUUGCCAAAAUGAAACUUGAAAUAAUUUUUGCUUCAA